GCCUCCUUUCUCUCUUGCUCGUCAACAUUUGUCUCGUAAUUGUGCUUUAGGCAUCACAGACGAUAUAAAACAUGGCUACCAAUUUUCGCACCGAAUGUUAAAGUCCUCAAAAUGUUUGAAUAUAUAGGCCAUUGUCAUAAUUUGUGACACCUAAAUGGAAAUUUUAUUAUGGUGUUUUUUAUUCAGAUAAUGGAUUUUAAUUUGAUUGCUACUUCUGCACCGUUUCCUUGCAGCAAGACUCGGCGAACGUCCAUACCACUCUCCAGGGAUUCGACGAAACGGAGAAAGCAAUGUGUCAACCAUGGACGGUAUAAAUCUACCCGGCUCAUGACACCGCACUCAGAUGAAAGUGAAGAAGAAACCAAUAAUUGCGUCAACUGUGAUGCGCAAAGGUCUACAAAUAACAAACACAGCCGUCAGGUAGAAAACACAAACAGAAAGAGUUCAGAUGGCAAUAUGGCGUUCCCUGCCCUCUCUGUGAUGGGUGGCGGGGGACAGGUUGUCAGAUCCCGAAGUAAAGUCAGCAUCAAUGAACCCGAUGACGAACAACGAAGCCCAUACCGAAACAGCAUCAACUUAAAAAACAAGGAAACGGUCAUUCUCAAUGUUGGUGGACAAAUUUUCGAAACAUAUAAACAAACACUUAGCAGAUUAAAAUCGUGUAAGCUGGCCAGUGAAUCAGAACUUCGAAGAUAUUAUCGUGAAAGCAAGGACGACUACUUUUUCGACAGGGAUCCGCAGUUAUUCAGUGUUGUGUUGAAUUAUUUACGGACAAAUGAACUUCAUCUGCCAACGUAUCUUUGUGGCCCAGCAGUCCAGAGGGAAUUUGACUACUGGGGGAUCGAGGAAGAGGACAUAGAACGAUGCUGUUGGCAGCCCUACAACACGUGGAAAACUCAAAACAAGUCUUUGGAGAAGUUGGAGUACGAUCGAAAAAGAUCCAUGACUCAGCAGCAUUUAGAGAAAGACAGGAACAGCCCACAUUUCUGGACCCGAUGUAAAGCUGUAGUGUGGAACUUCCUUCAAAACCCAAAUACCUCACUAGGUGCUAAGAUAUAUGCGUGGAUUUCCAUCAUUUUUGUCUUCCUUUCUAUUUUCUCAUUCUGCGCGGAAACGCAUCCAUUAUUUCGGAUUUCAAAACAUACAGAUUUCCUCAAGGACUAUGAAACUCUAUACGAUCUCUUCACAUUUUCCAACAUUCACGAAGCCCGAAACCACACGGUCAUCCAAUCGAACACAACCACCGCCGAUCCCGUGGUUCCGAAAAAUGACACAGUAGUUCAUCCGGCGCUCAUUAUCAUGGACCUUGUUUGUGUGUCGUUUUUUACGGUGGAAUUUUUAACCCGAUUCAUUUUUUGUCCCCGGAAGUGCCAAUUUAUUACCGCCUUACAAAACAUAAUCGAUUUCGUUGCUAUACUUCCAGAUUAUAUCGAAUUUUUCUUAAAGCUUUCCAAUCCACAAGGAAAUGACUGGCCUUUCAUGGACUUCAUUUUUAUUUUACGCAUGUUAAGGUUAUGUCGUAUAUUUAGACUCAUCCGCCAUGUUCCUGGACUAUGGAUAUUACUUUAUACUCUAAAGGCUAGUUUUAAUGAACUCCUCCUUAUGUUUGUCUUUCUGCUGAUCGGGAUGGUCAUCUUUGCCUCCUUGAUACAUUUUGCGGAACCGGACAGUGGCUACGACAACAUUCCAAUAGGUUUCUGGUGGAGUGUCAUUACUAUGACAACUGUGGGUUACGGUGAUAUGAACCCUGCAACAGCUCCUGGCUACGUCAUCGGAAGUCUCUGCGCAAUAUCCGGUUUAUUGAUGAUCGCUUUCACUGUCCCAAUUAUUGUUAGUAACUUUGUUCUGUACUACACUCAUGUCCAGUACGGUUGUAUUCGCCAUGGACGAGAUAAAUCUAAGUUACUGGAAAUCACGAGCGAUGAGGAGGAAGAAGAUGAAAAAGACGAAAGUUUGAAGGACAUUUGCUGUCAGGUGGAUGAGGUGAAGCAGACGAAAGAGGAUGAAAAGGAAGAUAAACAGUCUGAAUUAACUGAGAAUGGUCAUUCUCGAGGAACAGAUGGCAACUGCAAUAACCUUGGAUGAAAUGUAUAAAUACCAUGAAUAUGAUUUAGUUUGAUCAACUUACCUUUUCAAUUGUUUGUUCAAUUGUUAAUAGACCUUCUACAUGCAAUGUAUUGUCAUAUUUUGAACGUUUAUCUGUAACGUAGUUUUAAAUAAGUUUUGCAUUUAUAUUAGAUUCAGGAAAUUUUUCCAUGAGAAUUGAGCACAUUUCAAAUUGAAUGAUAGAAACAACUUCUUUAUUUUAAAAUUAUAAGUCAUGGUUCAUGUAUACUCAUGUUCACAUUCCCAAUAUACACAGAUUUAAGAUCCACUCCCGCUCUUCCGUGUACAGUGGGGACGGAUUCAAAAUCUAUGGCUUUUAUUAUGAUGGCACUUUUCUUGAAAAAGUUAUACAUUUCUUGAUUUCACGUCAGAUAGUGUAAAAUUCUUUUUAUAUCACAUAUUUGACACAUUGUUUCAUUUAAAUCAUUCCAAGUGUCUACAUUCAUACAACAAUGUUUCCUAUUUUCAUUUUUAUGCAUAUUUUACUCUACCUUCAGGGGCAUUAUGAAAUAAAGCAGGUUUUAGAGCGAUAUUAAAGAUGCAGUAUUGUAUCUUACUAAGAAAUACUAUCUUUGAUGAUAAUUAAGGUAUCGAUAUAUCCCUUAAAUAAUAUCGAUUGGUCGAUAUAUCAAAUUAUAUAGAAUAUAAGUCACAUAUCUUUUAAUUCAAGAAAAAAAAAAUAAAACAGACCUUUGAGAAAAUUUUGUAAUAUCUGGUCUGACUCCAAUAUUAGAAAUGAGUCUAUAGCUUUAAUAGUGUGGCUAGACGGACAUUUUCAGUCCGUGUGAUCUCCGGACUAAUGAUGCAUUUUGCAAAAUAAAUCCGCAUCUGCAUGAUCUUUGAAAAUUUACAUGUAUUUAAUAAUUUUAAAUCCAUAUAAUAAUGCAUCGAUACUCAAAAAGAAAAAAAAUCGAUAUUGUAUCAUUUACAGUGUAUAUAUCAAUAUCUAUACUUAUAAGGUAUUGAUGGCAUUGAAAAUAUCUGCAAUAAAUGUUAUAUACCGUAGUUGUAGGAAAGUUUUGAAAAUAAAAUAUAUAGUUACAUGUAGUUGCAGAAAAUUAGGGGGGAAAUUGGAGACAUUUCGUCCUUGUUCUUUAAGUUGGACGCGUAUUAUAUAAGGCAGAGUGCUUGGCUGGAUGACCGAUUUUAUUGAACGUAUUAUGAAAAUAUUUCCUACUCAUUUCCGCCGAAAUAUGGCUUAAAGAUUGCCGACUCGGCGUUAAACAAUAUUUAAUCAAUCAGUCAUACAAAAACCCAAAACACUAUAGUUAUAAAGAGACGUGUAAUGCUGCUUCUUUUGCAUAGUUAUUUAUAUUUUAUAGAAUGAUUUAUUUUUAUAUCUCCGAACAGUGUAAUUUUUAUGCCCUUAUAAAAUUUGGACAAAGCUAUUAAACAUUUAAAUCAAAUAAAAAUUGUAAAUAUGUGGUAUGAUAGGGGCAUUUGAUCCACAAACAUCUGAAAUAAACUUGCAUAUAAAGCGAAAAAACCUUGCUAAUUAAUAACUUUUCGAAAAAUAUAUUUUGGUGUGUAUUCUAAUUUACAACUUGAAAUGGUGGGACUUUCCGAAAAAUAUGUUUUGAUGUUUAUCUGGCAACAUGAUAAGUGAUAAUAAGGUGCGAGAUUUGUCUGUAACAAAAAACAUAUUUUGUAAUUUCACAAACAGCACAUGUUUAAAGUUUGUAAUAAAGUGAAGUUCCGCACAAGGACGAAAGGUAAAUAUCACAUUUAACUAAAUAUGGUAUAUUUAUGUAACUUUUUAGUGUAAGUUAUAUGAAUAUAUACGAAGAAAGAAAAUUUCGUACUUAUUUGCAUUUUGGGGGGGGGGGGCGUAGAA